AUGGACUCACCAUCCCCAGUCGAUACACAGAAUUCCCAGAGCCUGCCCUCUAUCAGUCGAGCCAACAGCGUAGACUCUACUCAAUCUACGCAGGAAGGGCAGCAGCAUGCCAGACCAUUCCAGCCCCCAGAGCGUCCUCCAAUACGGUCUCUCUACCCCGAGAAAGGAAUCAGGACCCACAGCUUGAGCAGAUUGAACCCACCCACGGGUACAAUCGAUGCACAGCAGUCGCCCUUUUUAACUGCAAGUACCCGUCCUUCGGAAAUAAUGACAACACAGCCUGCUUUACCUACACCUCCAGCUGGCGGCCGGACGCACUAUUUCCCAGCUACAGCUCCGACGCCCCCACCGAACAUGAUGCGAACAGAGAUCCGCCGACCAAGCGUAAACUUCCCCCAAUCUGGUAGUGCUAGUCCAAUCGCACAAUACUCUCCUUACAGUCAGCCCGCCUCCGUUGCGUCGAGUCAAUACGACAACAACAGUACCCAAGGCCAAUAUGGACCAAUGCGUAGACAUACACCUACUCACGAUUCCCGCCAGGGAUCUGUAUCCAUGGAGAGUGAGCGUAAUAGUAUGAUAGCCAUGGCACCAUCCAACCAGAGCAGUGUCCAGCUCAUGACAAUUCAGAGCCAGGAUGGGUCUCUGCACAAUAUCCAAGUAGAAACACAGACCGCUUCCAAGGGUGCUGAUGAGAAGAGAAGGCGUAACGCUGGUGCUUCCGCACGUUUCCGUGCCAGAAGGAAAGAGAAGGAACGUGAGGCCUCUAUAAGCAUAUCCAGAUUGGAGCAGAACGUCCGCGAUUCAAAUGAAGAUGCUGAGUAUUAUCGCUCCGAGAGAGAUUACUGGAGAUCGAUUGCAAUGCAAGCUCAGCCAGAACGUCACAUCACCCGACCACCAUCGCCUCGCCUGAGGCGUGUAUCGGUAGCGCCGUCACGGGCACCGUCUUCUACCACCGGGCAUGGCUCAGAAGCUUCUUAUGACGGCUACGAGGAAGAGAUGCGCGAAGAAGAGCGCAAUGUUCGAAGAAGAACUAGCAGCUACCAUCCGGCCGUCGGUCCUCACCACACCGAUGUGUCUGCUCCUAGCCAUGAAUCACGUGGUUACCCUGCAUCUACCUUUGGGUCAGUGAACCAUGCUCCUACUCAGGGACAUCAGUACCCACAGCAUCAACAGGCACAGUCCGCAGGUCCUCAGCCCACAGCCAAACGGCCAGCCUAUCGCGAUUCAUUUCCUCCUGAGGCGAAUCGGUAUGAGCACCGCACCUGA